CAACUCAUGCUCAGUCAAAUAAGCUAGGGUUUCUCAAAAUUAAAUAAAUACAUGUCUAUUAUUAUUUGUUUUUUUUUUCACCAAAAAAAAUAACUUUUGUUCUUUCAAAUAAAUAACCGGAAUUCGAGUUAAACUCAACUAAAAUUUGUGAGAUAUGUGCGAAGAAUGGGGUGAAAGAGAAAAUCUGAGUUGAGUUGUGGGAGUAAUGUGUUGUUUUUUCCGAAUCAAACAAUAGAUCAUCACUCUCUGUGAUUCACUCACCAAAAUGAUGAAUAAUGUAUUUCCACGUUCCAGGAAACCAACUUCCACACUCCCCGCUUCUGCUAUCUCCAUCACCUUCUGCAUUCUCUUUGCUCUGCCUUUCCUCUCCGCUACGCAUUCUUAUUCUUCCAAGCACACGGGUUCUGAUGGUGGUGUUGCCCAUGGAUUUGAGUCAACAAAGAGAUCAAUUCUUGCUUUGAAAACGGAUCCCCUUAAGCCUCACUUGGACCAGAUACGUAAGCAAGCUGAUGAUCAUCGCUCUUUGGCUCUGGUGUAUGCUUCCUAUGCACGCAAGCUCAAGCUUGAGAGCUCAAAGCUUGUUAGGAUUUUUGCAGAACUAUCGCACAACUUCUUGAAUCUAAUGAGCAAACCUCAAUACAGGACUCUUUUCAGCAACGAUGCAUCCCCUGUUGAUGAAUCUGUGGUUCGCCAACUGGAGAAGGAAGUGAAGGAGCGCAUUAAAACCACACGCCAGGUGAUCGGCGAAGCAAAGGAGUCCUUCGAUAACCAGCUCAAGAUUCAGAAGUUGAAGGAUACAAUUUUUUCAGUGAAUGAGCAGUUAUCCAAGGCAAAGAAGCAGGGAGCUUUCUCAAGCCUCAUUGCUGCUAAGUCAAUUCCAAAGAGCUUGCAUUGUCUCUCCAUGAGGUUGAUGGAAGAAAGGAUUGCCCAUCCUGAGAAGUAUUCUGACGAGGGGAAGCCUACACCUCCAGAAGUUGAAGAUCCUAACCUGUACCACUAUGCCUUGUUCUCAGAUAAUGUCCUUGCAGCAUCUGUUGUGGUCAAUUCGGCAAUGAAGAAUGCGAAGGAGCCGUGGAAGCACGUGUUUCAUGUUGUGACUGAUAAGAUGAACCUUGGAGCAAUGCAAGUAAUGUUUAAGUUGAAGGAUUAUAAUGGUGCACACAUUGAGGUUAAGGCAGUGGAGGAUUACAAGUUUCUGAAUUCUUCUUAUGUGCCUGUCCUUCGACAAUUGGAGUCUGCUAACCUGCAGAGAUUUUACUUUGAGAACAAACUUGAGAAUGCUACAAAGGACACAACUAAUAUGAAGUUUAGGAAUCCCAAAUAUUUGUCAAUAUUGAACCAUUUGAGGUUCUACUUGCCAGAAAUGUAUCCAAAGUUGCAUAAAAUUUUGUUUUUGGAUGAUGACAUAGUGGUUCAGAAGGACCUUACUGGGCUAUGGAAGAUUGAUAUGGAUGGCAAGGUGAAUGGAGCUGUAGAAACAUGUUUUGGGUCAUUUCAUAGAUAUGCACAGUACAUGAAUUUCUCCCACCCCUUGAUUAAAGCAAAAUUUAGUCCAAAGGCUUGUGCAUGGGCUUAUGGAAUGAAUUUCUUUGAUUUGGAUGCCUGGAGAAGGGAAAAAUGCACAGAAGAAUAUCAUUACUGGCAGAAUCUGAACGAGAACCGGACACUAUGGAAAUUAGGAACAUUGCCACCAGGUCUAAUCACAUAUUACUCGACAACAAAGCCAAUGGAUAAGUCAUGGCAUGUUUUGGGACUUGGCUAUAACCCAAGCAUCGGCAUGGAUGAGAUUAAGAAUGCAGCAGUGGUGCAUUUCAACGGUAACAUGAAACCUUGGCUUGACAUUGCAAUGACUCAAUUCAAGCCACUUUGGGCAAAGUAUGUUGACUAUGAAUUAGAGUUCAUUCAGGCCUGCAAUUUUGGUUUCUAAAUUUUCUUCUCGGUGAUGCUGUGUCAAGCGUCACAAUAGUUUAUUUGUUGUUUAGUUUUGAUAUAUAUUGCUUUUACGUUUAGCAGAAUUCCUAGCUGUUGCAAGAAAAACUCUUGCUUCUUUCUAAUUGUAAAAUAAUUUAGUAUAGUUUCUCUCACGUCAUUUCUUCAUAACAUUUAUGCAAUAAUGUUUUUAUUUAUUUAUUUAAUUUUUAAAUGUGGUUUA